AUGUCCAAAUACGAAACCAGACUUUGGAUUGAUGGGCAGUACCAGCCCGUGAAUGGCAGCACGUAUUCAUUAAGCAAUCCUGCUACCGGAAAGUGGCUGGCCGACAUACCAAGCGCUAGUGCAGAAGACGUGGAGAAAGCUGUCAAAGCGGCCCAGAAAGCACAGCCAGCAUGGGCAGCGACUCCGGCCUAUAUGCGAGCCAGGGUUCUGCGGAAGUUCUCUGAUCUGAUCCAUGAGAAUCGGCUUCGUCUGCAGGAACUCGAUUCGAUCUGCAUGGGCAAGCCCAUGGCACAAGCCGCUGAUGACGUCGAAGAGGGACGCAAUAUUCUCAACUUCUUCUCUGGAUUGGUCGAAUUGACCCAUGGCGAAACUUCUUUGAAUACUGCGGAUCAUCUAAACAUGAUGGUACGACAACCGUUCGGAGUGGUGGCCGCGAUAGUGCCAUGGAACUUCCCAACGAUGCUGGCAUGCCACGAAAUAGGUCCCUCGACCGGAGCUGGCAAUGCAGUCAUAUUGAAGACCUCAGAGAAGUCGCCUUUGAGCGGUAGCUUUCUCGGGAAACUGUCUGCUGAAGCAGGAUUCCCUCCUGGCAUCGUGAAUAUCAUCUCUGGAGCAGGAGACACCGGAGCGCUCCUGUCUUCGCAUAUGCAAAUAAGAAAGAUCAGUUUCACCGGAUCCACGAAUGCCGGACGAGCUGUGAUGCAAGCAGCAGCGAAGUCCAAUCUGAAGGACGUUGCACUUGAGCUCGGCGGCAAAUCGCCCUUACUCGUAUUCGCUGAUGCGAAUCUUGAACAGGCUGCUGCACGCGCUAUCGCAUCCAUCACGACUAACGCUGGUCAAAUCUGCACAGCUUCUUCGAGAGCGUAUGUCGAGAAGUCGAUUGCCGAGGACUUCAGAAAGCGACUGUCAGAUGGCUUCAAGAGCAUCGUUCAGGGCGACCCGAGCGCUGAAGGCACAGGUAUUGGGCCCCAGGCCGACUCCAAACAGGCGCAGAACAUCCUGCGAUACUUUGAGAUCGCCAAGCAGGACGGCAAGUUGUUAAUAUUUGGUCCAGUCCUGGUCGUCCACGAGUUUGAGACCGAAGAGGAUGCCGUGAAAAGAGCCAACGAAACCGAGUACGGGUUAUACGCUUCUGUGUUCACGAGGGAUAUCAACAAGGCGAUGAGAGUCGCAAGAGCCCUGGAGGCUGGUAGCGUAGGUGUGAACACAGCGUCGCCGUACGGUGCUUACGAGCUACCUUUUGGCGGCUUCAAGGCAUCUGGAAUUGGUCGCCAGAAGGGCUCGGCGUCACUGCUUGCUUGGACACAGGAAAAGUCGAUCUUCGUCAACCACGGCGACAGUUGA